AUGAGAGACUCUGUGAGCGUCACGGGGACACUCUCCAGUGUAGCCCAGUGGAUCGCUGAGGUACGCGAACCGUCACACCACGGUGCCUUACCACCCGAGGGAAGCACGAGGGCUGAGAUACUGCCAGGUUGCCCAAGCCUAGACAGGGGAAAUCAGGAAACAGACGUCAGGUUCGAACCCCGUCCGGUCAGUAAAUUCGCGCUCCAACUACUGAGCCAUCUCAUUCCACGGUUUUGCCGAGACGCGUUCAACAUGAUACCCAAGGAAUACAAAAACGCUAUGGGAUUUCGUAUUUGUGCUCUCAUCAGACGACACGUGUGGAACCCCACACGGAUCCCUUUUUACCGCUCGCACUCAGUUGCUGCUACGGCCGCACGCAAGAUUGGCCAAGAAUUCGGGACGCUUGGCGGUCCGGCAUCAAGCAGAGAUUUGAUUGGUCGAAAGUCUGGACCCAACGGCCAAUCAUGA